AGUUUACAGUGUGCAAUACGAAUUGGCACACGAACGAUAUCUAUAGUUUACAAACAUAAAUAGUAUCCACUUAUGAAUAGAAUUAACUAGUAAAGGUUGUGUGGAACAAAGCUCAUUCAGGUGGAGAUAUUUUUUCAACAGUGUAUGUAUUCGUAUUAGGUCAAUUGUGAAAAAUCAUUAUUUAAAUCGAUUGCACUGAAAUUUGACAUAAAAUAUCUUAGCUCUCCAGCUGUGAUUAUCACACACAGGGUGAACAACAGACGUACAACAAUUCCAAAUCCCACCUUUACUGUCAAUACAGUCAUUCAACUAAAAGUUAUAGUGACGUCUGUAAAAAAAAACAAUAGAAGGUAUCGAAGCGAGGACGGGUGUGAGUAGAACAAUGAGGGAAAAAUCGAUGAACGCGGCGAUUCAAGACGCCGAAUUAUGACUCGUAAGAAAUAGAACAAACAAUGGCGGCGGUUUAAAUGUAACAACUCGCUGUAUUUCUCACACCGAAAGUAUUCUGAAUGUGGACCCGCGGAAAACAACUCAUAGUUGGCCGGUUAUUUGUAAAAAAUCCAAUUCUUAUAAAUCUAAUGAAGAUGACGACGAUGAUGACGAUGAGGAAAUAGAUUACGAAGUACUAUUUGCUAUUAAUAAAAGUCACCAGAACAAAACAACAACAUCAACGAAUACAGAAAAUUUAAAUUUCCGAAAAUACUUAGUGACGGGUUAUAGUUCAAAGCAACAGUCCACAUCUACAGCUAUUGCAAAAAGUGACUACCCUUUAUCGCCAACAGUUGACCCUAAUACGCAUUGCAAAAUGUCUCGGAAUAAUAUUUUAACACUGAUGGCCACAUCUCAGACUCAACGUAGAAAAAUAAAUAAUAAUCAAACAAAUGUUCCUUCGAUUAACACGGCUUCAGCUGAUCAAAUUUCCUGUAUUACACCGCUACCCAUAUUUUUUCUAUUUGUAACAUUGCUUCUGACAUUAUCAGCAACGGCAUUACUAUGCUUAGCAGUAAUGACUGACCAUUGGGAGAAUAUAAAAUGGGAUCGAAGUGUGUUGGAACGGCUAACCAACAAUACACCACGAGCACUAUUCUGGCAUUUAGAUGGCAAAGUUGCCCAGCUGCCUACUCGUCACGGUAGAUCCGUUUUUUUAGUUCCGAUGCAUAGUGGAAUUUGGACGUUAUGUAUUGAUUUGAGUGAAAAUGAAAUGCGCCAAUUAGGUCAAUAUGGAUUUCCGCACACAAACAAAUGUGUUAGCUAUUUACUAGAUAACUCUAUGAAUGUACAGGAUGAAUAUUUUGAAAAUAAGGACUACCAGAUGAUACGACAUCCAACAAUGAGAAUGCAGAAUUUGUCAAUAUCGUGUUCGUUAGUAUGUUUGAUCGUCCUUGCAUCAGCAGCACUAUUAGGAGCCUUUGGUAUAUUCCAACGACAAAUUAGUGCGAUUUUAGUAACUGGAGUGAUGUAUUUGUUGGCAGCCUUGUUUGCGUUGUUUACAUUGAUGAUAGUCCAUUUCAAACGAAGCCAAAACUUACCGCUAACAGAAUCGGAUGGAGUCAUAGAAGGAUUCGUUGCCAAAAGAUCGGACGCACGCAUGGCCAUGGCGUUUAACUUGUUGGAGGCUCGAUUUUUCAUGACUUCUUGGAGCUUUGAUUUAGCUUUGGGUGGUGUUGUUUUAUGCGGUGCGACAUACGUUUUAUGGACUAUGCUGUCGAAAAUAAUGCGCUACAAUCCCAUAUCGGCCUUAUUGAUCUAAAUUUAGAGUGGCAAUUUAUUAGGAUUUACAACCAGUGUAAAUCCUUUAAUUUGAUGAGAAACGCUUCAAAUUUCUCUUCAAAAUAAUUGAGGCCAUGCCUAUGAAUUUUAAAGAGGAUUUUUUCAAAAGUACACCACUGAUAUGGCUUGUAGUAUACAUAUAUGAAUUUCCAUACACAUUUCGUUUUUUAUAUGGUGACUUGCUCGUAUACAAGUAUAGUUGCAAUGGUUUAAAUUAUACGUAAAUCACACAAGAUGUACAUGCUAUGCUGUUUAUUUUUGUGAGUUUGAUAUUUCAACUCGGAAAAUGUAUGCAUAAACGAGGUGGCCACGAAUGAAUAAUCCUCUUUAUUUGUGGUUUCGCUGGGAAGCUUUGUUUUUUUUUUGUGGCAAGGUUUCCAGCUAUAGCUAUAUAGGAAUUGUGCUUUUUACGCCAGAAACUUUUUCCAAUUUAAUUGUUAUAUUUCGUGUUUUUUAGGCUCACUUUUAGCGUCUACAAUGCAAGCAUAUAUAAAGUAUGGUUAUGGACUCACGCAAACGCACAAUAUUCAAUUUAUGCCUUGCUUGUAUAAUAGAAUCAGAACGAAAAACAGAAAUACCAACUAUGACAAGCAUAACAGUACAAAAGCGUUGAAAAAAUCAUAUAUUUUGGGUUUUUGGGUUUUAUUUUUUUCAGAAGUUAAAAAGGGUUUUUUGGGUUUUUGGGUUUUGUUUUUUUUAGAAGGCUUAGCGAAUUUUGAAAAUUGGCUAAGUCCUCGGUCUUAGGAUUGGCUAUAGUCUUAUUUCUCUGAUCUACCAAAUUUUUAGAUGCUAUGGGAGUGACAUUGCGCGCACAUUUGCUCGUGUUCUGGGUUUUUAUGGGUUUUUGAAAAUCCAAAAACCAAAAACCCAAAGAAAAACCCAAAGAGAAACCCAAAAACCCAAAGAAAAACCCAAAGAAAAACCCAAAGAAAAACCCCAAAAACCCAAAAACCCAAAUUGAAAGCCCGAAAACCCAAAGGAAAUCCUAGCAUAUUUUUAGGGAAAGCCACUCCCAUAUUGGAAAACGAUUUGCACGUCUUCACAAAGUUUUGCCAGUCGGAUGAACAAUUAACUAAUAUUUUCAACAUUAUGUUUGUUUUACAUAGUGGUAUAAUUGGGAGAAUUUUAUAAUGCAUAUUAUUUAUCCUUGUUCUAACAAUUUUUUGUAGAUCUAAAAAGUCCUAAUCGAGUGAUACUUAUCAUAUGUGCUUUACAAGACGUUUACAUUUUUUUUAUGCAGAAAUAGGAUUAUUCCCAGACUAAAUAUGUUCAAUUUGUGAUAUUUUAGAAAUUUUCAACAAUUUAUAUUGCACUUUUAUAUUCCACCUGUUUUGGAAAUUCGAUAUAAUUUCAGAAAUUUUCUCUUUUAGUUUUUCAAAUAUAAUAAAACUGAGUUGGAUGAUGUCAAAUACCGAUUGACUACACUAUGCUUGUUAACUAAAUGGUUUUUAGGGAAUUCUAUGCACAUUAUAUCUGUUUCAACACCCAUUGAACACAGAUAAUUUCCGUUUUUUUGUUGUUGAUGUUAUUAUAGCUUCGCGAGGUAAUAAAUGUAACGAAAACUGGAUGA